AGCACAGUCAAGUCAUCCCAACCUUUUCGAGCACGAAACCCGUAGGGUGUUGCAAUUACCAGUCAUGCCACCCGCUCCGUCAGCUUCUCGCAGACCUUAUCGAUCUCACAAGACUCCGGCCUGUGAUCGCUGCCGCCGGUUCAAAAGACGAUGCACCGGCGGUGGACCGGGCGAUCCCUGCGUGCUCUGUAAAUUGCAAAACGUCCCCUGUCAGCCAUCAGAUAUUGCAAAGACCCAUACACCAUCACGUCGGUCCUCAAGGACGGUAUAUACACUACCAAGGCGGAACCAGGUCCAGGAACAGCAUGACACUCAGAAUCCCACCCAUAGGACCCCCAUUCACCCGAAUGUGAGGAACGGUCUUGGCGACUCGGAAUCGAAUGAUCACAAUGCCAUUCAUUUGGGUGAUGCCAGGGCAGAUUCAUCUAUUGUGGUGAGCCCAGUUCUCACUGAAGACAUUCAAGCACUGGAACGGUACUUCUCUUCUGGGGCUCCUACGGGAGAUCCCGCGCUCGUUGCAGAUGGCGUGGAAAAAUCCUUGGUGUAUAUGAGGGUGCCUCGAAAACGGGAAGGUCUGGCCAUGGCAAAAAAUCCGGGGAAAUACCAGAAAGAAGUUCUCUGGCAGAUACUGAGGCCUUUUGCCAAAGAGCUUGUUCGGUUGUACUUUGAAAAGUUUCAUCCUGCGUUCCCAAUUCUGGACCAAAAAACGUUCCUCGAGAUAUACGAACGCAGUGACAAAAUUUCCUCGCCUCUGUUCUGCGAGUUCUUCGCUCUGUCUCUGACACUUUGGGACCAUUCAGAUGUUCUUAAACAAUAUCCCAAGCCCGAUCCCCACUUUAUUUGGAAUUUAGCCGUGGAGUCUUUACAACAAGACUUUCUAGCACCAGGCCUUUCUACCAUUUACUCCGUUCUUUUUGACAUGACGGGACGACCUAUCUUCUCGAUUCUGGGUAAUACUAUCAAUAAUGGACGAGCCGUGGCGCUUGCCCGAAGCCUAGGGCUUAAUCGUGACCCUACAAAUUGGAGGCGCCCAGAAAGUGAAAAGGUUCUUCGUAUCCGACUUUGGUGGGCAAUUCUGAUUCAUGAUUACUGGUCAAGCUUCGCCCAUGGGGUUUCUCCGAAUAUCACCAAUCGACAGUAUGAUGUCCCAGUACCUACGCUGACAGAUCUUACUCACGACGGACAAUCAGAAGAAGGGAUCAAAGCCUCCGAAUGCUUUAUUCACCUCUGUACGCUUUCUGUCAUCUUGGGAGAAGUACUACCGUUAGUAUAUGACCUCGAACAGAGGGAUAUCUGGAGGGACAUUCGUCGCCGUGAAACCGAACUAGAUAUUUGGGAGCAAAAUGUUUCUCUGCCUAUCAGUGGUCCGAAUGAGAAAUUCCCCUAUCCUAUUUCCGGUCUGAGUAGCCUCUGUUUGAGCUAUCUGUCCGUACGGUUACUGCUGUGUCGUAUCGCCUUUCGUGCUGCAAAUAAAACCAGCACUAAGGACAUGGACCGAGCCACUAAUCUACGAUAUCAUCUUGGAAGACUUCGCCGCUCGGCUCAAGAUAUCGUGGAAUAUGUCUGCUCUUUAGACAGGGUGCAUUUACAAGAGUUCUGGCUCGUUUACACUGCACAUCAUCUUACAUUUACAUUCAUCAUCCUACUGCGGUGUACCAUCGAAGCCUCCGACGCAGCUGUCACCGAGUCAUGCAAAACCAGCCUAAUUCAAUUCUGGGCCAAACUUCAAGACGCAGCAGAAAAUGACGGUUGGGAUCUGGCCGCAAUGUGUAUUACACGUUGUGGUGAAUCCAUGUCCAAACUGAUGAGCUAUCUGAAUGCGCAGGGCUAUAAGCAUGUGGCGUCCAACGACGGGGUCAUGCAGGGAGCCGGCUCUGAUCCCGAAGCAGUUGAUCGACAGGGUACGGCCGGGGAAACCGACAUAUCAGGUCUUGAGGAGUUGAUUCCAGAUGCUUUACCAUUUUCGAAUCUUGACUUGCUGUUCGAGAAUUCGGCAGAUACGUUUUGGAGCGGGUUGGAUUUCGCUCCACUGUAUGAGGAGGUCGAUACGGGGCAGGUGUAUUUGUAGUUCUAUAAUCAGGGUGAAACGCAAUCAAGAAACAAAAUUGAG